AUGUCGCUUCUCAGGAAGGACUCGUCUCAGCCUCCAAGCUCCGUAGGCGUGGGGAAGACCCUCGUUUCCGCGGGCCUUGCUGUCGCGCUGCUUGCGCGAGCUGCGCGGGGAGGGGGCGCGGAAGGGGCCAAGGAAGGUAGAGGGAACGCAGCGGAUGGGGAAAGGGGCGUGCAGGGGGAAACUGCGGUGAAUUGGGGAGACUUCCAUUUGGAGUAUGUGAAGCCACUGCAGACAGGGUACCCUGGAGUGGCACAAUCCCCUGCCCAUGAUCACCCCUCGUUACAGUCACCCACCCCCACAGUGUCGCUCACCUGCUCCACCCUCUGGGCUUGGAAAGACCCUGUUUCUCCCCACCUGGCUGCCCGGGAAAGCCGGGCAGCUGUGCUAGAUGUUCCAGAGAGAGGAGAGGGAGAAGGGACGGGGGAGGAGGCGGCAGAUGCUGCUGUGGUGGGCGCUGCUGAUCUGUACAGACCCCUGCGCCUGCCUUGUAUUCUAGUGGGAGACGGGCGGUUGGGCGGAAUCUCGGUCACUGUAGCAGCAGUGGACAGCCUGGCAGGGCGGGGGUAUGACGUGGCAGCAGUGGUGGUGUGUGGGGAUGAGGAGGGACGGCUGGAUAAUGCAGAUUAUCUAAAGACGUAUUUAAGACCGAGAGGGAUUCCAGUCAUUUCCCUGCCUGCUCUGCCAUCUCCGCCACCCGUAUCUGAAUCAAGCUCACCCUCUCUCACCUUCUCUCCCUCCUCAAGCCCCACGAACUCGUUUCAAUCCUCCUCUUACUCCACACUCAACCCGAACCUCAUCGACUGGCUCGGCAAAUCGGAAGGAAGCUUCCAGGACCUUUUGCUGGUGUUGGAACAGUACCAUGGGGAGAGGUUGCAGGCACUUGAACGGGCAGCUGAACGGGCACAUGAAAUUCUCUGGUGGCCGUUCACCCAGCAUGGCAUGGUGGGGGUGAAAGAUGUGACAGUCAUCGAUUCCCGGGCAGGCGAAAACUUCUCCGUCUUCCGACCAAACCAGACCGAGCUUCAAAUAGAAACACAGCCUGACACCCCUACCGAGGCUUCGCACAGCAGUCAGUGUGAAAACCUGUCGGAGGCUCAGGCCGAGCCUCGGAGGGAGGUUCGGGAAGAGGCUCGGUUGGAGGAGUGGUUUGAUGGGUGUGCGAGCUGGUGGACCCAGGGGCUGGGCCCUGUGUUGCAGGCGGAGCUAUCAAGAGAGAUAGGGGCGGCCAUGGCCCGAUACGGGCAUGUCAUGUUCCCUGAGAAUGCCCAUGCUCUGGCUUUGGAGGCUGCUGAACUGCUGCUGAAGGGCGUUGGGAAAGGAUGGGCCUCGCGGGUGUUUUUCUCAGACAACGGCUCCACAGCCAUCGAGGUGGCGCUCAAGAUGGCAUUCCGCUCCUUCUGCGCGCGAAACGGCGUGGGAUCGGAUGGUCUUGCAGAUCUCAAGGUGAUUGCCCUGACUGGUUCGUACCAUGGUGACACGCUGGCAGCCAUGCAUGCCCAGUCACCCUCCCCGUACACCUCCUUCCAGCAGCAGCCAUGGUACGGAGGCAAGGGCAUGUUCCUUGACCCGCCAACAGUGGAGUACUCCCAAGGUCAAUGGCUUGUCGUCCUGCCCCCCUCACUCUCCUCCUCCUCCACCACCCCUCCCACCACCCACCUCUCCUUCCAAUCACGAACAGCAGUCUUCCACAGUGAAAGGGACUCCUCCCCUCUCGCCUCCAUCUACCAUCAAUACAUGCACCACCACCUCCAGCCCUUCCUCCUCCCCUCAGACUCCUCCUCAGGUGGCCCCUCAGGUGCCAUGGCCGCUGCACUUAUCAUCGAACCAGUGCUGCACGGGGCGGGCGGCAUGGUCAUGAUCGACCCGCUCUUCCAGCGCACGCUCGUCUCCUUUUGCCGCACCCACGCCAUCCCAGUCAUCUUUGACGAGGUCUUUGCCGGCUGCUGGCGACUUGGCCACCAGUCAGCAGCGGAGCUGCUGGCCUGUUCCCCGGACAUUGCCUGCUACGCCAAGCUGCUGACAGGUGGCAUGAUCCCAUUGGCCGUCACGCUUGCCUCGUCCUCUGUCUUUGAUGCCUUCUAUGGCUCCUCCAAGCUUGAUGCCCUCUUGCAUGGUCACUCCUACACAGCCCAUCCUGCGGGCUGUGCAGCGGCCUGUGUUUCUCUCAAGGCGCUGUCAGACCCAGCUCGAAACCCCAACCUGCUUCCUGACGGCUCUCAGCUAAAAGAGUUGUGGGACCCCUCGUUAGUGGAGAAAAUCUCCUGCCACCCCUUGAUACAGCGCGUGCUUCCAAUAGGAACAGUCUUUGUAGCAGAGCUCAAGACUGACGCCGCAGGGUACGGCUCGUCAGCAGCCAAAGGGCUCUUAUCACGGCUGCGGCAGCACGGCAUAUACGCACGGCCUCUGGGCAAUGUGGUUUAUUUCAUGUGUGGGCCCUUCACGCCCGCCUCCACAUGCUCCCGUCUGCUGCGCAUCCUCCUAGCACUGCUUGAUUAG